AUGAGACCGCAAGAUGCCGCUCCAGCGCGUUUCUAUGGUUUGCCAAAAAUCCACAAGCCAAAUGUCCCCCUACGACCCAUCGUAGCGCUGAAAGGCACACCUACCUACGGACUGGCUAAAUGGCUUACCAAGCACUUAAAGAAGCUGACGGAAGGAUCCGAACACACAGCCGCCUCCUCAACGCACUUCCUAGAAAAAGUCCGAGGCGUGACAAUAGCCCCCGAUGAGAUCAUGGUAUCCUUUGACGUCGUCUCUUUGUUCACCUCCAUCCCUAAGGAUUUGGCCAUGAGAGUCAUCAGUGAGCUACUGGAACGAAAGUACGACCAUGAAGAAAAACCGUUUAAAAGGAAGCACGCGAUGAAGUUACUGGACUACUGCUUAUGCACGUAUUUCACUUUUAACGGCCAUACUUAUGAGCAAAUCCAGGGAACCCCGAUGGGAUCCCCGAUCUCCGGCUACCUGGCUGAGGCGGUACUACAGGAACUGGAAACUCGUGUAUUUCGGUCCUACAAGCCAAAAUUCUGGAUGCGCUAUGUGGACGAUACCUUUGUCGUCCUACACCGAGAUGCGAAGGAGGCCUUCAGAGGAGAAUUAAACUCCAUCUUCCCACAAAUUCAAUUCACAAUGGAGGAAGAAAAGGACGGAACGCUCUCUUUCCUCGACGUGCGGGUAACGAGGCAGGAAGAUGGAACCCUCCAGACCGGUGUUUUCCGAAAAGCUACAAACACAGAGAAAAAACUCCACUACAACAGCAACCAUCCGCUGUCGCAUAAACGCAGUUGCGUCCGGACACUUUUCCGCCGCAUCAACACGCACUGCAGCACAGAGGCCGAGAAGCUACAAGAGCGUGCCUCCCUGUGGCACCUCUUCCUUGUCAAUGGAUACCCACGUAGCUUCGUAAACAAAUGUCUGUUCCAAAGACACACGAAGACUGACGGUGAGGCGAACCAAAAACCUGAGGUACUCCGUGUCUUGCCCUACAUGAGGAACGUCUCUGAGGCCACUGAGCGUAUGCUUAGACCACUUAACGUGGGCGUUGGACACCGACCGGAAGCCACCAUCCGCCGAUUAGUCAUGCAGCCAAAGGGUAGGCUGCCCCCUGAGGAAAUGUCCGGUGUCAUUUACCGCGUCAACUGCCUAGACUGUCAGGCCAACUAUUGCGGCAUGACAAACAAACGACUUAAAACGCGCAUACAUGAGCACACCUUAGCCGUCAAGCGGAAAGAUGCGCGCUCAUAUGUCGCCAUGCACAGUCUAGAAAAUGACCACCGGUUUGACUUUGACGGCGCCCAAGUGCUCGGCCGAGCGGAAAACAGACUGGCGCGAGAAAUAAUCGAGGCCUGGAAAACAGACACCAACUCCAUCAACCGCUGCGUUGAACUACCGGCACCAUACGAGGCCGCCAAACACCACCUACGCACCAGGGGAGGCCCAAUGAGGAUAGAAGUUGACGGCCCUAUCAGGCAAGAGCGAGAGGGACCUAUUUAA